AUGCCUAAAGAAUCUUUAGAUAAGGUGUUAUUUAUAAUUUUCUUCCCCAUUCAUCUGAUAUUGUACUUAUUGCCAAGCUAUAACGAAAAUGUUGUACCCAAAAAAUUGGUGCUAUGCUUUUUCUUGAACUUAGUUUUGCUUUGUGGAUGCUAUUAUUUAAUUGAUUGGUGGGCAUUCGAACUAGCAUUGGCUACAGGAAUCCCUUUAUAAUUAAUAGGAAUGAUUUUUUUGGGCUUUUUUACUUAAAUAUAAUUUGCGAAUUAUAAUUUAGAAGUUGCAAAAAUUGAAACAAAAUUAGAAUUCACUCAGGCAUUCUUUUAAACUGCAAUAUGCAAAAUAUCCCUAUGCACAGGAUUACCUUGGGUUUUGAGAAUUAUAAUUGAUUUGGACAUUGAAUAUGAAAUGGAUUAUAAUGAUUUUCAAAGAGCCUUCUGUAUUUCAAUUGCAGUUCUUUGUGUCAUAGUGUUUAUUUUACUCUUGCUUGCAUUAGCUAAAGGAUUUACUUUGAAAUCUUAGGACGGAGUAAAGAUAAUCGUUCUUUAUGGAUUAUUUAUUUUGAUAUCUGCUAUUAUAAUUGGAUUGAAUAUUUUAAAGUGAAGUUGAUUUAAGAACAAUAUCUAAAUAUAUAUACAAUUUAAUGAUAUAAUAUUUUAUAAUAUAUGAAUAUGGUAUCUUAUAGAAAAUGCAAUCAUAAAA